GCCACUCCCACAGUACCGCGGAAAUGCCGAAGUCGCAACAGCGGCAGGCCACCGUCGCGCCGGCGCCGACGCCGCGCCACCCACGACCCGGAAUGGAGUACCGCGCGCGGUCCGACGAAGCAUGGUACCCCGCGCGUGUGGUGGUGCAGGACAGCUGGCUGCGCGUCAUGUUCGAGAAUUUCCUCGAGGAUGCGGACGAGUGGUACGAUCCAGUGGCUGACCUCGCAUCCCCGGGCGACGUGGACGCGCUCCGCGCCAGGUUCCGCCGGGAAAGCCCGGCCCUCAACGACGCCCGCUGCGGAGACCUCCGCCCGGGCGACCAGCUCUGCCUCGCCUGCGAUAUCUACGGCGACGCCGACGAGCUCAAGUACUACGACGUUGUCCUCGAGACCGUAGAAAGGGCAGGGCACGGCACCGUGGACGGCGUGGAGUGGUGCGCAUGCCGUUUCACCGUGCGCUGGAUGGAGGGGCCGCGCCGCGGUUGCUGGGACAAGGUGGGCGUCGAGGUGGUCUGCUGCGUGCAGGAAUCGCCGAUCCAAGAUCCGGUGUUGACCGAGUUCCUGGACGGUGUGAGAAACAGGUUCGGCAAGGACCAAGGCGAGGCGACGGCAGCGUCUCAGCAGGCAGCCCCGACCCGGACACCAGCAGGCAGCCGACGGUCAAUCACGCACGAUAAUCUCUCCUGUUCCUGA